GGAGGGAGGAGUCGCUCUCGGCUUGCUUGCGAAAGAAACGAAAGCGAAAGCUUCCUUUAAGCGGGUGGGGAGGGGGAAGAUGGCCGUGGCUAUGGCGGGCUCCGUUACUACGCUGUUUGUCCAGGUUUUCACUCCCAACCCCUUCGCAGACAAACUGGAGGCCAAGUUGGAGAUUUAUUUCCAGUCCCCGAGGAAAUCGGGCGGCGGCGAAUGCAACGUGAAAGUACGAGACCUCGAACGGGGCAUCUAUUCGGUGCGGUUCUGCUCGGAAGAAGUGAAGAAGCGUGUGAAGGCCCAUCGUGAACAUACUAUAGAAGUUGGGGGAAGAACUUUGGAGAUAAGAAUUUUGUCGGAUUCGGAGUUGGCGGUGGUUGAUGCUGCAGAAACAAUGUUUACAAAAAAUGCAAUAGGCUCACUUUCAACUUCACUUUCUUCAAACGUUUUGCCCCUUCAGAAUAAUUCUAAAAACAAGCAUGAGGGAAGCUAUGCGGCUGGUUAUGAAAGUGGUAGAAAAAAGAUAUUUCUUGAGGCUUCUGCCACCUUGAAUACUGGCUUGCUCACUAAAGAGCAGAGAAAUCAGGUGAUCCCUUUAUAUCCCACCUUACACAUAGACAAAGCGUCAAGUCAUCUUGGUAUUGAAAAGGUGGUGGGACCCUAUGAGGAUAUUGAAAAGUUACACUGUCAUUUUGAGAAUCUCCUUAGAGACCAUCGUGACAGUAAUUUUUUGCAACCUAAAAAGCAGGAGAACUGUGUUGAAGGAAGGGAAGAUCACAACAGAAGAUACAGGAGUGAUUUGGAAGAUCUGGCCAAGAUGGAAGUUCCUUCAGGUAUCUUUGAAUAUUUUGGACAAGCCUACAAGGAAGAAAUUAAAAAAACUGAGGAGGCGUUCAAUGUAAAAUUAGUCACAGGCAACACUGAGAAUGGAAUUACUUCUGUCUGGUUUUCUUCAAUGGGGGUACCAAACUUUACUAAGAAAGCUCAGGAGGAGUUUGUCCUGCUUUUCCAGAAAGUAGCAGGAGAUCUAAAACAGGAAACGGUGCCUUUCAUUGAGAGCCAUGCAUGUGAGAUGAUAAAAAGCAAAUGCAAACACACUAUUAUUAUAAAACACAAGGACACAGCUGUUCUUCAAGGCCCUACAAAGGAAGUUUUAGACGCAAAGGCAUGGUUGGACGAAAUGACAGCAAAGAACCAGAAUAAAAAAAAGGAUCCCCACGUACAGCCACCUGGCUUUGAAGUUGAUGCUGCUGUAUUUGCAUUUCUCAGACCAAAGUUAAACCAGACAAUUGAAUUCAUAAACAACCAGUAUUGUACUAAAAUGGAGGAGAAACAUUGCGACAACGACCACUUAACACGCAUCAUUUUUAUGCCCCAGAAGUAUGCACCUUUAGAUCAAUCUUCACAAGCUUCUGAGGGUUUUCAGUAUGAAUACCUGAUGUAUUUAGAAAGUCCACAAACAAAAAAAAUUCUUUUGAAACCUCUCGAAGAUUGGAAAAGAAAUUGCAAGGAUUUAUUUACAUAUUUCAAACAGAAACAUCCCGAAGUAGAGCUAUCUCUAAAGGAAAACUACCUGUACAUUUACGGUCUUCCCGGACAUAUAUUGGUUGCUGAGAAGCACAUCAUGGAAUUUCUAAAUAAGGGAGAAUUUGUAAAUAGUGAAGCAACGGCCAUUCCUGAUUCCAGUGUUGGGGCUGCCACAGGCACCUCCUUUGGGCCAAGACAUUAUAAAAUGCAGCAGGUUCCUUCUCAGGAGCAGCCAGCAGGGAAGGCAACGGAAGUCCAACAAGAUGGAUUAUGUCCCAUCUGCCUGAAAACAAUCCACCAGAAAGAAAUGCUACCUAAAUGCAAGCAUGAAUUUUGUGCACCAUGCAUACAAAUGGCAAUGACUUACAGAAAGAUCUGCCCUGUGUGCAGUGUUGCCUAUUGGGAUAUAAAAGGAAAUCAUCCCACAGAGGAAACACAGGUGGUCAUGAAGUCCCUGAAUAGUGAGGAAUUUGUAGCUGCAAAUAGUAAAGCAGCCGCAAUUCCUGAUUCCAGUCUUGGGGCUGCCACAGGCACCGCCUUUAAAAUGCAUCAGGUUCCUUCUCAGAAGCCGCCAGUAGGGAAGGCAACGGAGGUCCAACCAGAGGAGUGCUGUCCCAUCUGCCUGAAUACAAUCCACCAGAAAGAAGUGCUACCCAAAUGCAAGCAUGCGUUCUGUGCAGCCUGCUUGGGAAGAGCAAUGAAUUACAAACCGGUCUGCCCUGUGUGCAAUGUUGUCUAUGGGAAUAUAAAAGGAAAUCAGCCCCCAGGGAAAAUAGAUAUCUUCAAAACUAGAAGCUCCUUGCCUGGUCAUAAGGAUUCUGGAACCAUCGUUAUUACUUACAAUAUAUUUGACGGCAUUCAGACAGAAAGGCAUCCUCACCCAGGGAAACAUUUUCAUGGAACGGUGCGCACAGCAUACUUGCCUGACAACAAAGAAGGAAGAGAAAUUCUGAAAUUGCUGCAACGGGCCUUUGACCAAGGUUUGAUUUUCACAGUAGGCCAGUCGCGAACAACUGGUGUGGAUGACGUGGUUACUUGGAAUGACAUUCAUCACAAAACUAGUACUCACGGAGGCGAAAAAUAUUUUGGUUACCCUGAUCCUAAUUACCUGAAACGUGUUAGAGAAGAGCUGAAGGCAAAAGGAAUUGAAUGAGUAUUUUAGUUUCCGUGAGCAGUCCAGAAUUUCUAGCUUGUCCUCAUUUAUAUCAUUUUAAUUUAGUAAAGGAGGAUUAAUUAAAAAAAAAACUUUGGCAGUAUUUUUGCCUUCUAGAAUUUCAGAACAAUUGUUAAAUUAAUGAUGUUGUAUUUAGAAUUAUAGAUGCAAGUCAAAAGAAUUGUUACUUUGAUCAAAACUGCAAUCCAAAAAUAUUACAUAGAAGCAAACUCCAUUAAUGUCUUCAUUGCAAUUGUGUUAAUAUCAAGCCUAGAUAUUACUAUAUGCGUGAAUUAGCCUCUAUGAUUACAUUUGAUAUCGUUUUGAAUUUCAGCUUAUAAUUUCCUUUUUUAAGUCUGCUGUCAGUGCUCUUACCAUGUUGUGAAUCUUCAAAAUUAAGAGAGCUGUUGUGUAGUCUUACAUUUUAGCAGACUGGAUUACGAUAGAGUACCUAUAAUAUGGUAAAAUAUUAAAACAGGAUGGUGGCUGAAGAGCUUGGCAUUAUUAGUGCCCUGCCUCUCUCUCCCCCCCCCCCCCCUUUAAGGAAGAGUACAGUCAGGACAGGUGAAAAUCUUGCUCAAUGCCUUGCUUCCCUACUUUGCAAAUUUAAAGUUGCCAACUGCAGCUGCAACCAAUUUUGGAGAUCUCUCUCCUCUCUCUUUCCCUCCCUCACCCCCCCCCCCCUCUCUCACACACAAACGCUGAGAGAAAAUAAAUAUUUGAAUCAGAAAUCAUUAAAAUCAAUUUCAUGCAAAAUCACUACAGUAUUUUCUAAAACUGUAUUUACAGUUCUCACACAUGAGCCCGUUUUUAGAGACAUUAGUUAAUUCAAUCCCCUCCUCCUCAUUUAAAGCUCUCUAUUUGGAAGAAAAUACUACUACUACUUUUUGUGUGUUAUAUUAGGCAGGCUUUUCUUUUCAGCAAAUAAUUACUCGAAAGCAUAAUCAUUGAUUUCCAAUUUUCAGGCAAUGAUGUGGUAUAUGGCUCAAUUGGUUUCAGCCAGUGUGUAGGUUUCAUGGCCUAUUGUGAAAUAUAACCAAGGAACAAUAAAAAUCUUAAUUCUG